GAGGGCUUGGGGGGGUGGGGUUGGAGGUUAGGUAGGAGGUGUGUUGGGGGGUGGGGACACAGUGGGGACGCGGGGUGGCAGCGCUCAUCCCGGGGGCUGGUGCACCGGGAGAGGCCACUGUCUCCCACCCUUUCAAUGCCACAACGGUCUCACUUUCGGAGACGUGAGCGGCACGCAUCGGACACCCGGAACCCCAACUGCACCUCCACACCCUCCCCUUCUCUCUCUCUCUCUCUCUCUUUCUCUCUCUCUGUUUCCCACCCAGUCCUCUAUCAGCCCAGGUGGCAGAGCCUCGCACUUCGGCCGAGGGAUGCAGCCUCUCAUCUCCCAAACACAUGGACAGCGGAGCUUGGAGCUGCCGCAGCGCGCCACGGCUGCACUGAGCUGAAGACCACCUCUCAACGGCGGAGAGAGAAGGAGACGACACUCCACCCCCCCGCGUUUAGCUCCUGGACUUCACAUAAAGGAUAUACUUUCACACCUCAUCCUCUUUUUUUCUCCUUUCUUCAUCUUUUUUUCCCCUCAAACCGCAAGAGUGCAGCACAAGUGGUGUUCAAUGCGCAACCAUGCUCAUCAUCUCGUCUCGCAGUGCGCUGCUGUCCGUCUACUACCCACAGAUCUUCCUCAUCCUCACCAGCGGUAGCUACCUGGCGCUGUCCUCUGUGGUAGCUCUGGGUGCGAACAUCAUCUGCAACAAGAUACCGGGGCUGGCCCCCCGUCAGAGGGCCCUCUGCCAGAGUCGCCCCGACGCCAUCAUUGUCAUCGGCGAAGGCGCCCAGCUAGGGAUCAACGAGUGUCAGUACCAGUUCCGCUACGGCCGGUGGAACUGCUCGGCCCUGGGCGAGAGGACAGUCUUUGGACAAGAGCUGAGAGUAGGCAGCAGGGAGGCAGCGUUCACGUACGCCAUCACUGCAGCCGGAGUUGCCCACGCGGUGACUGCAGCUUGUAGCCAAGGCAACCUGAGCCAGUGCGGCUGCGACCGCGAGAAGCAGGGCUACCACGACCAGGAGGAGGGCUGGAAGUGGGGAGGCUGCUCGGCCGACGUCAAGUACGGAGUGGAGUUCUCACGGCGCUUCGUGGACGCCCGGGAGAUCAAGAAGAACGCACGGCGGCUGAUGAACCUCCACAACAAUGAGGCCGGGCGAAAGAUCCUAGAGGAGCGGAUGAAGCUGGAGUGCAAGUGUCACGGAGUAUCCGGUUCCUGCACCACUAAGACCUGCUGGAUCACCCUGCCCAAGUUCAGAGAGAUUGGCUACCUGCUCAAGGAGCGUUACAGCGAAGCGGUUCAAGUGGAGCCUGUGCGGGCUUCGCGGCUCCGCCAGCCCUCCUUCCUGCGUCUCAAAGAGGCUCGGGGCUACCAGAAGCCCACGGACACUGACCUGGUCUACCUGGAGCGCUCGCCCAACUACUGCGAGGAGGACACGGCUACGGGGAGCACGGGGACGAGAGGCAGGCUGUGCAACGGCACCUCGACCCACACGGACAGCUGUAACGUGAUGUGCUGCGGCCGGGGUUACAACACGCACCACUACACCCGCGUCUGGCAGUGCAACUGCAAGUUCCACUGGUGCUGUUUCGUCAAGUGCAACACCUGCAGCGAGAAAUCAGAAGUUUUCACCUGCAAGUAGGGAACAAGGAAGUGAGGGCGACGGGUGAGGAUGGAGAGAAUGGACAAGGGCGGGAGGUAAGGGGAUCUGACAAAGUGGAAUUUGAAGUGAAGGACUUGGAAGUAUUUAUUCAACAUUUUGCACAUUUUGACAUCCUAUUUCUUUGAAGGAAGGAAAAAGACAGACGUGAGAUGGAAUAUGAGGUUUGGAGAGUUUUGGGGAAAACAAACAUGAACAUUUCAGAAACAUGUUUGUUUGCGUACUGACAUGAAACAAGACAUGUCGCAGGGGAAAGGAUUUGAUGUUCUCUUUUUGCCUCCAGCAAAGCAACACGUUGAAGACAACAUCUCCCAAAAAAAUGUAGCUUACAGACGUCACACAUGAGAGAAAGGGCAACAAGGACUUUUGGGAUCUUGACAAGACUUUUGUUGCGCGCUAACUGGAAGCUAAAGUGCUUCAGACUGCCGUGAAAGAACAGCAGCUCCUGAUGAAGACUGAAAGACGGCAGUGGAAUACUUUUAACUGUACGCUCACACUGUAUUCUGUUUGAACACUGAAAAUAAAACAAAAUUAUUUAUGUAAAAAUAUCAAAACUUUCAAACUGUAAGUCUUAUAGGACGGAUAGCAAAUCCAGCUGCGCUAAUGUUUUUCCUCUUUUAUGAUCUUCAGUUGCUACUGAUACAUUUCAUGCUGGGAGUAACGGCCACUAAACAGCUAAAUUUCAUUUUUAUUCAUUAUCAGUGGCCAGCGGGGUACUUUGCUGUAUAUUCAUUCUCUUUCUUUUGCACUCACAUAGUCGCAUUUCUUCCUUUUUUUCACUGAACAUUAGAAAUCUGGGGGGUUGGUGCUGACCUCUCUCUCACGGACAUAUUCCCCCCGGGGCCCAGACCCUUUGUUACACCAAGAGCCAAAGAGGCAGAAACCACUGACAUACUAUUUUAAGCAUCCAACUUGUCAGUUUCGGCGAGCACUUACAACCCUGACUGUGUUUGCCGUUUUGUUUUCGGAGGGCUCUCGACUUGUGAGAAAAGCGUGUAAGCCUCAGUGGAACUCCAUAGAGGUGCAAUCAGGUUCAGAUACAUCCAGCGUUCCCAUGAACAGCAGAGACGUGGAAUUCCACAUCGUGGCCUCUGCUUACACAAGGCCUUCCAGCGCGGUUUAGGCCUGCCUGGGUGGAUGGCAUGUGCCCCAACCACACAGAAGGGGGUAUGAGAGGAUCAAAGGCCUCAAAGCUAUUUUUGGACAGCACCCUUAAUGUAUUCAGAAAUGUUUAUUUAGGCUUUAUAUAACUUACAAAACAAUUUGAAGAGUAUAUUUUUAUAUGAGGAAUGUGGCACUUUAUGUCAUUUAUAGAUGGGAAACAAAGUCACUAUUUACCAGUGUUUUCUAAUGUCAUUGUAUUCUGAUUUGAGAGCUAUAAAUUAUUUGGAAUUUAUGUCUUUGAUCAAAGUUCCUCAGUUGUAAAUACUCCACGUGUUUAUCGCAGUAGCCCAGAUUGUCCAUCUCGAUACGAUCCUUCAUGAUUCAAAGUAGCUCACAAAAGUUGACUGACUCAUCGAAGUGUUGCAAAGUCCAGGAAAUCUUGUUAAGUAUUUGAGUAAAUACAUGGAAGUUGCUAGUAGAUAGUGCAUUGGAAGUUUUCUGUGUUUCCGGUUGUCUUAAUAGCGCUUUCGGUAACAAGGAGCAGCUAAAGGCGCAGUUAUAACUUCAAAUACAGCUAAUUUAAGUUUAUUUGUCCCGUGGCUAAAACAAAGUCUGAAUCACUUACAAACAUGGACAGUUGUAUUUUUUCUUUUUUACCAAUAAAAUCUGAGCAUCCUUUUAUUUAUGCCUAUUGAGUUUUGUGUCACAUCUGGCCUUUAUUGGCCUUCUUCAAAUCAUUACAAAAAGCUGUUUGUCACACACACACAAUACUUUAUUAGGCAUUAAGUAAACAUAUCAUUUAACCGAGACAUGAAGCAUGUACUUUACACCCUGACAUAGUGUUUUUGCUUCAGGUAAAUAUCAAACCAGAAGGCACAAAUACAAUAUAGUAGAGGCCUACGGAAUAAAACGCUGAUAUGGGAAACACAAGAACUUCUGGCCUUGACUGAUGUGGUGCUAAUGUGUUAGGAGGUGAACAGACGGCUGUGGCCAUGCCACCUCAUUCAGCCCGGCUGACUCGCACAGCCUCUUUCCUGUGGGGCUGAAAAGCAUUGCAGCCAGCCAGUCGAGCGCAAGUAACAGCUGUUUUGUUAGCUGUCUGAAAUCCUGGGGACCGGAACCACAUAAGCUCCCUUCACUAUACCGGAGGAUUGAGGGGAGAGUCCAGCCGAUUGUUUCAAUACAUUUUGUCAUUAAAAAUCAGAGGCAGAGCAAACAGGGUGGAGCAGGGUGUGGGCAGGCCCAUAAAGCGCUGCAUUGUUGAGGUGUCAGGACCGUUCAGCUUAUCCAGCAACGGGAGGAGCAGGGAGGGAUGUCAUUCUGCAAACUAAUGCUUCUGGUCUGAUUCACUCGCUCGUUCAUCCACUCACUCUUCGGACGCACACUUUCAGUACGCUCUCACCCAUCGACUACUGCUCCGCGAUCACUAUCACUGAUCAACAGAAGCACACACUCACACACAUGCAGCUACAGCUAAAGAAGAAGUAUUUACUAAAUCUGUUUUAAAAAAAAAAAAGUCUAUGCAGUGUCGUAAAACUCAAAUACAGCUCGCUCGGAGCAAAGAGAAGCAGUCCAAGGUGCAAAACAUGAACUCAUCAUGUGAGUUUAAAGGUAGUUAAUGUCCUGUGACGCGUGCUGUAAGCCCUCAUGCCUUAUUUAUCUAUAGGACUGAGCAAUAGGAUAGAAAAAGAA